GCGGGGCGGGCCCGAGGCGGCGAUGGCGGCGGUGCGGGCCGCGCUGCUGGCGCCGCUGCUGGCGCUGUGCCGGGCCGGGCCGGGCCCCGCGCCCGCUGCCCGCGUCGAGGUGGCGGUGACGGGGCCGGGGGACGGGCCGGGGGCAGCCGCGGUGCCCGCCGGCUCCUACACGCUGCGCGGGGCCGUGCUGGGCGCGGGGGGCGGCCGGGCCGGGCCGGGCCGGGGGGCCCCGCGGGAGGAGGAGGACGAGGAGGAGAUCCGGGGCCGCCUACUGCUGGUGGGGGAUGCAGAGCCGGAGCUGGGCGCUGCCGACAGCUGGAUCGGCGUGGUGCCAGUGGGCGAGGAGCCGGCUGAGCUGCCCCGCGGCGCCAAGGAGGAGUCCUUCACCGCCGCCGUCGUCAGCAAGAUGAAGCGAGCCCUGGUGCUGGGUGCCUCGGCGCUGCUCAUCCUGGCGCUGAACCAGAACGCCAUCCGGGAGCUGGACGUUUCCCAGCUCCUGGCCAAGCCCGUGAUCGUGAUCCAGUCCUCGGACAACGUCACCAAGCUGCUGGGAGCGCUGCUGCGGGGGCUCCGGGCAACGGCGAAGAUCACGUACCAGGCGGUGCUGCUGGAGAACCUGGGAGUGACCCUCACGCUCUGGUCAACCUGUGGCCUCUCCCGCGGGGGCCUCUAUGGCGAGUGGCAGGGGGUCAUCUGCCCUGGGGACAGCAGCUCGCAGGUGCAGAAGUACCUGCAGCAGCUGUGGAACACGAUCCUGCUGAUCGCCCUGCUGCUCUGCACCGGCGUGAUGGUGCAGGCCCAGCGCCAGUCACGGCAGGACCCGUCGGAGCAGGACGCCGAGCUGGACCUGAAGCAGCACAUUCGGCGGCGGCUGUCGGCGCUGAAAACACGGCGGUACCAUCCCGGCAAAGCGCUGCGGAGCCGGGCCUGCGAGAUCGACAGCUGCGCUGUCUGCUUGGACCAGUUCCACAAGAGCCAGUGGCUGCGGGUGCUGCCCUGCUCCCAUGAGUUCCACCGGGACUGCGUGGACCCCUGGCUGCUCCUGCAGCAGACCUGCCCCCUCUGCAAGCGCAACAUCCUGGGGAACUGCUGCACGGAUAGCUAGCCAGACAGACGGACACGCUGCGGGGACAGACCCACCGCCGCCGCGGGGAGGGGAGGCAGGGGGUGCUCGGCCAGUGCUGCGCUGCUGGAGCGGGGUCGGGGCAGCUGUGCCACCACAGUGCCCGGCCCUUCACAGGGAGGGGUCUCAGGCUUCUCCCUGCCGGGCAUGAGGAGAGGGGUGGGGGGUUCAGACCAGCACUUCUGAGGGGCUGGGGGCGCGGGUGCCAGGCAACGAAGCCAUGAGGGCACCCAUGGGUGUAGUGGGGGGGCACAGAGGCAGGGAGAGCCUUGUCCUGCCUGGACCCUCUCCCUGAUCAUAGUCAUUUUUCUAAAUCUUGUCUUUUUUUCCUAAUUGCCGGUGGGCAGAGCCUGGCUCAGCGCUGUGCUGCACCCAGACCCGGCGGAGGGCCCGGCUGUGGCGUGGGCCCCUCUGCACCCGGUGUGUUUGUGGCAGAGCCGCUGGGUGCUCGCCACGGGAGGGCAAGGGGUGAAGGCUUUAUUUAUACUAACUUAUUGGGAAGGACGACACAAGUCAAUUGCAGAGACCAAACGCGUGUGCCGCGGUGGCCGGGGAUGUGCCGUGAGCCCUGACCAGCUCCUGUUCCCCGUGGUCACCGGGGGCUGCAGCGUCGCACGUGUCCGUCUGCAUUAAAUACAGAGUGGGGAGAGGCCA